AUGUCGCCUCUGUCUCAACAGCCCAGCCCAACUGAACACUCAGAGGCGCCUGGACCCAUGCGUCAACGCUCCCGACAGGCCUGUCUGCCUUGCCGCAGGCGCAAGAGAAAAUGUGACGGCAAGAUGCCUUGCAAUGUCUGUAAAGGUUAUGACUAUGAAUGCGAAUAUGACAAUGGAACGCAAUCGACAGCGCCUGUAAAGCGUCCCUCGCCAUUGAAUUCUUCAUCUUCACAGCCGCCUAAAAGGAUGGCGCGCUUGGCUCAUUCGUCAACAACUUCGAAGCAAAGCACCGACUCGUCCAUUUUGCCUGGAGUUAUUGAACCAUCAAAACCUCGGUAUGUGGGCAGAUACUCAUCCAUUGCAUUUCCGCUAUAUGUUGGAUUGGAAGUCCAGGCGACAAAUCUUCCACGUUUGCACUCCUUCGCAUACCAUACGGGUGUCCGCAAGGAACCAAACUGCGCAGUUUCCCACAAAAUAUCGGGGCACGUUCCAUGGAGUACGGCAAGAAGUCUUCUUGACGUAUACACUGCUGUUAUUCACCCUGUCUUUGGAUUCCUAGAUAUGGAUCGCAUAUAUGUGCUCAGUGAGAAACAUUGGCAUGAACAGCCCCAGGACAUGGCCUUUGAGGCUUUAAUUUGCGGGAUACUUGCUUUGGCCUCCUUGUUCAGUGACUUCUUGAACCAAGAAUCUGAAACAUGGAUUGUAUUGCAUGCGAAAGAGAUCUUGGAAGAUGUUGUUAUCAGUAGAUUCCCCACUCUCGAAACCAUCGCUGCGUGGAUACUUCGUACAAUUUACAUACGAAGUACCGGGCGGCCUCAUGUGGCUUGGCUUUGUAGCUGUACCAUCAUGCAUCUCGUUGAAGCAGCUGGUCUGCAUCAUGCACCGGAGUUCAUAAUGCAAGCAAUUGGCAAUCUUGCCCCGAAUCCUGAGAUUACUGAUAUUAUUAACCGAACCGCACAAGUCGCCAACUGUGUCCACAUUCUCGUUGCGUUCGAAUAUGGAAGGUCUAUCAUGACUUUCAAUCGUCAAACUAUUGAAAAUACCGAUGCCACGUCCCGAGGGGCAGGGGCCACAACUCAACUAUGCAACCUCGUUGCCACUAUACCCACUAAUCAAGGAACGGAUGACCCAGAUGUCCUGAUACCAGAGCUCUUGUCGACGUUGGAUAGAAUUAUCACUGCAAACUUGGACCAUGACUUCUUGACUUUGUUACAGGCAGAUCUCGCCUUGGGGAUUUAUCGCCGUCUUCGUGUCAUGGAGCCAGGCCUCCAGCAUGGACAAAAUGAUAGGGUAAUCUCAGUGGGAACAGCCGCUCUAUCUGCAGCGCGAAGGCUGGCCAGCCAAAAUCAGCCAUGGUGGAAUGUUGUUGGUAGCGUCUUUCAAUUUGCCUGUGUCUUGAUUGUUAUGGAUACUCCUGCAAGCUGCGAGAAGCUCUCGGAAGCUAUGGAUACCCUACAGAUUAUCGUGGAUCGCUUCCAGACACAUUUAGCGAGAGAAGCUUUGUCGACAGCCCGACAACUAGUCAAAGCUUUUCUGGACAAGAAGCGAAGGGGUGUUGAGACACUGGAACGAAUCGUCGGAACAGCUACGCCUGAGGCCAGUGAUCCCGCAGGGGAGAGUCAACUUCUACAUGAUAUUGCAUCGCUCAGCCCAUCCUUAGCGGCCCAACUUCCUAUUGAUCUGGACUACUUGUGGGCUAUGGAUUUCCAACCGCCAAUCUAA